GGGCUUGUCCUUAAAUUCGCACCUUUGCCCUCCUCGUUCUUCCGACUUCUUAGCUGAAGUUUCUCCUGCUUGCUUUCGUCGCUUUCAAGUCUCUCUUGUCCGUUGCAAUGGCCGCUCAAGCUACCUUCAAGUCCAUCAAGGCCGUCGUCCCUCUUCUGGACCGCGUCCUCGUGCAGCGCUUCAAGCCCGACACCAAAACCGCCUCCGGCAUCUUCAUCCCCUCCUCCGCGACGACCACCCCGCUCCCCGAGGCGACCGUCAUCGCCGUCGGCCCCGGCGCGCCGACGAAGGACGGCAAGAUCGUGCCGACGCAGGUGAAGGCCGGCGACCGCGUCCUGCUCCCGGGCUGGGGCGGGAACUCGAUUAAGGUUGGCGAGGAGGAGUACUACCUCUACAAGGACUCGGACAUCCUUGCCAAGAUCCAGGAGUAGGCGUCGCGCACGCUUCUAGGCGACGUCACGCGGACGGACCCGGCGGCGGGCGAUGCUACCCUUUCGCAGGACGACCUCUAGUUGACGGAUCGGUACCGCUCGUGCUGAAGGUGUCUAGUGGUUGCUUAUGCUCAAGUCAUGGUCGCCUGUGCGAGGUGGUCCUCGGUGGCGGGAGUCGAAAACAGCAAACUAAUAAUCUACUUACGGCCUCUAAUGAUUGUGCUGGGUUAUGGCUUACGAAUCACUACUCAGUAUAUGGGACA